AUUCUUUCUUUCUUUCUUUCUGCCUCGGCCUCUCUCAUCUGCUUCUCGGAUUGUGUUGUGGCCAACCGUUCCUGCAAUUUUCUUUUACCAUUGGAGUGGAGGCAAUUCUUGCAACGUUUGAGUUCAGUAGAUCCAUAAUUUUUGACACACAUCAGAAAGAGUUUAAGGAAAAUGAAGAACACGGAGCGAAUUGCGAAUUUGGCUUUAGCAGGUUUAACCUUAGCACCGCUUGUUGUGAAAGUAGAUCCAAAUUUAAAUGUUAUUUUGACUGCUUGCCUCACAGUAUUUGUGGGCUGUUACCGUUCCGUCAAACCAACCCCACCUACUGAGACAAUGUCCAAUGAACAUGCCAUGCGUUUUCCCUUUGUUGGGAGUGCAAUGUUAUUAUCACUUUUCUUACUCUUCAAGUUUCUUUCUAAGGACUUGGUGAACACUGUAUUGACAGGCUACUUCUUUGUACUCGGGAUUGUUGCACUUUCGGCAACUUUAUUACCAUCUAUUAAACGUUUUCUGCCAAAGCAUUGGAAUGAGGACGUCAUAAUCUGGCGUUUUCCAUAUUUGCGUUCUUUGGAGAUUGAAUUCACAAGGUCACAGAUCGUUGCUGCAAUCCCUGGGACUUUUUUUUGUGCCUGGUAUGCUUUGCAGAAGCAUUGGCUGGCAAAUAAUAUAUUGGGUCUUGCUUUCUGUAUUCAGGGAAUUGAAAUGCUCUCUCUUGGAUCUUUCAAGACUGGUGCUAUUCUCUUGGCUGGUCUAUUUGUGUAUGACAUUUUCUGGGUUUUUUUCACUCCUGUGAUGGUUAGCGUUGCAAAAUCAUUUGAUGCUCCAAUAAAGCUUUUGUUCCCCACAUCAAAUUCUGCAAGGCCAUUUUCAAUGCUUGGGCUUGGUGAUAUUGUUAUCCCUGGUAUUUUUGUAGCAUUGGCUUUGCGGUUUGAUGUGUCUAGAGGAAAACAGUCCAAGUAUUUCAACAGUGCAUUUUUAGGAUACACUGCUGGCUUGGUCCUUACAAUUAUUGUGAUGAACUGGUUUCAGGCUGCACAGCCUGCUCUUUUGUAUAUUGUACCUGCUGUAAUUGGAUUUUUGGCUGCUCAUUGCAUAUGGAAUGGUGAUGUCAAACAGUUGUUGGAGUUUGAUGAGUCAAAAACUGCCAGUUCAUCUCAAGAAGAUAUUAAUGCCAAAUCUAGCAAAAAGGUUGAAUAAACUGAAAUGUACCCAAUUCCAAUAGUUCUGAAUCACGGAAGAAAUACUGUUAUUUUCUGUGAUCACCAUUACUUUUAAAGCUAACUUAUUGAGAAGCACACUUCUGUAACAGAUUGUGAUUAAAAAAAAAAUAUUAGUCUUGUUUUUCAGAUUAGCAUUUUGCUUUUACUUCACUGCCCAAUCUCGGUUUCCAUAGCAAACUUUCCGAGGAUUUUCUUUCUCUCUCUCUCUGUCUCUCACAAACACACAUUUGUUUCCGUGCAGUGUUACUGGUUAUACUUGUAUAAUGUUGAUAUAUUUGCAGAGAAGGAUUUUUUGGUUUGGUUUUC